UUGUUGGACAGGACCAUAAAGCUUGCGCUUGUUUCUUUUGAUAUUUUUGAUCAAAUGAAAAUCCAUACAAAAAUUCCCAUAGAUUAAAUUCACAUCAUAACUAUGCAUUGUAAAACAUAACUUAUUUCCAGGUUUUCAAAAGUACUACACAAUUUAGCUGGUAUAGAUGGCUAGUGGCCCCACUUUUAUAUUUACAUAAGCAUCAGGAACUGCAAAUACACUUUUGAGGCCUCAGUCUAAGUCUGAUUAAUGCACACAUGACUUAUGUGCAUUAAGACAUGUGAUUCAUACUUCAGAAAUUAAGUUACUGAAGUUAUUUGAUGUAAAGAAGAGGAAAAUAAUCAAAUGUAUUUCAGUUUAAAUACCAGGCCUCAGUUAAGUGUUUUGCAUAUUAAAAGUGUGUCUUGGCCAAUUAACUUACCUGAGGUAUUCCAGAAACUUUGCAAGUGGCAGUUUGCUAGACUCCUUGGGCAGUACUGGCUCUUUCACUUUACGUAAACACCUUCCACAAAUGUCACAUGUUCUACAUUAAGUGGUUCUACAAAACCAGCCACACAUUCUGCUACCACUGACAGGUCAAGAUACACUCAUCUAAAGUAUCUCUGUAGUUUCAGAUUAUUCUGCUAUUAUGAAAAUUAUGAUGUGACAAAAACCACUGUUACUUACAUAUAAUUAAAAUAAAUAUAUUGUGUGUUUUAAAUCAAGGUAUUUCUUUCUCUACCUGACUAUAAAGGGAAAACCUUAGAAAUAGGUUGACCAGUGCAAUAAUUGCAAAUUAAACUACUUUUAUUUUUUAACUCUCUUUAUGUGCAUCACUUUGCCUUCAGCCUAGAAGUGUAUGCAUCAAAUUUUAGACAGAUUUUUUUUAAAGCAGUGGAAUAUAUGUCCUUCAAACCAGGAUUUCAAGUGGAAAAUAUAACCAGUCUUUAAUUACAGCUGCAUCACAACACUAGUGGAAUUCCACUAACUAGCAUUGUAUAAAGCCUCAUUUGCUCCUCCUACAUGCACUAAAUAUAAAUGUGCAAGAGCAGCAAAAGUAAUUUGCCUAAUCUCUGAAUCAGCUAAAUAGCAUUUGCACUAAAAUUUUGUCUGUAUACUAACUUAUCUGGUUAAACUCUUGGUUAAACCUGAUAAAUAAGUAGAAUCAUAAUUGUAUUUUAUCUUUAGAUGUUUUGCUAUUUUGUUGCUUGCCUGAGAAGUUAGUAAUUCCACUUAUACUGUUCAAGCCAAUUCAUUACUUUUGGAAAGGAUGGACUUUUUUUAAAUAUAAUCUCAGUUAAAUAUUUCUGUAGUGUCCUACUUCUUCUUGAGUUACUAACCAAUUUACAUGUAUGCAAUUCCUGGAACACUAAGUUCAUUCUUCUGAAGUGUGUUGCAUUUACACAGGGUUGUUGAGUCUUGGAAAACAUUUUACUGUACAUAAUGUUGUUGCAAUUAGCUGAAUGCUGUUCAUAAGGCUAAUUGCUUAUUAAGGUCUUUUUUUUCCUGUCACUCAGGACAGAAACAAGGGACUGAUUUUCUUCCUGAAUGUUGUAUGCCUACAGUUACUGUAUGUUAAACAUGAAUUGCACUGAAAUGCCAGCCCAAAUGCCCCUCUCUUUAAUCCAUAAUUUAUAUGCAAAAUAUUUUCUCCAAAACCUAGACAUCAGGCUGGCUGUUAUUUUUUAAAAUGUGUCAAUUGUAGAAUCAAAAGUGUUGAAAGAGAUUUCAGUCUCAGCAAGAAUGCAGUGAAGCUGGUUUGUUCAACAUUUCCUGUCAGUUCUCCGCUGCAGCAUACUUGCUUACAUUCUCUGUUCUUGGUUGGGAGCACUGCCAAAAGGAAAUGUGAGGAGUCUGUCCAACAACUUGUCUCUUUCAGAAUCCACAUACCAUUUUGCAAUUUGGGUUUCUUUUUCUGUAAUGCCCAUUAGAACUCUUACAAUAGCAAGGCAUCAGGGAAGAAAUCCAUUCCUCAAUGUGUUGCAGAAGAACCAGGAGCGUGCUGUAGGUGUAUGAAUUCUAAACAGCUUUAGCAGAGGGAUCCCACUCUGCGUGCAGUUUACUUUACACAGAUGUGAGUGGAGGACUUAGUGCUACAGACCAAUUGUAAUUGUGGCAAGGCUUUUCCUGACAGUACUCUGCAAGCUGGCUAUUCUAUUAAAAAAACCCCAAACAAGUAGUUUACAAGUGCCUCAGUUUAUAGAUUAAUCAAAUUUUGUAUUAAUCAGUUUUGAUAAUGCUGAUUAUAGGCACAUGUAAGAGCAUCUGCUUCUAUUUUGUUUAGUCGGAGAUUAUCCCUUAAUCAUGCAAGGUCCAGGUGUGCAUUUUCAGAUUUGUUGACUCAGGGAAGAUGGAGAUAGUAUUAAAGGCCAGUCACAUUAUGCUGUCAUUACAUUUAUGUUGUUGCUUCUCUGAAGAAUUGAACCACUCAGUGAAGAGAAUGGCAAGAAGAAAUGUCCUCAUUACAGGUUGCUCCUCAGGAAUUGGACUGGCAUUAGCUGUAAAAAUGGCAAAAGAUGAACAGAAAAGAUUUAAAGUGUAUGCCACAAUGCGGAACCUGGCCAAGAAAGAGCCACUGGAGGAAGCUGCAGGUCACAGGCUGGGCAAAACCCUUGAAAUUAAACAGCUGGAUGUCUGUGAUGAGCAGUCUAUUAAAACUUGUGUGAAUAGUAUCCCUGACAGAAGGAUUGAUAUCCUAGUGAGCAAUGCUGGAAUGGGGCUCAUUGGACCUAUUGAAUGUCAGACCAUUGAGGAAAUGAAAACUGUGAUGGACACCAACUUCUUUGGUCUGGUUCGACUCCUGAAGGAGAUCUUGCCUGACAUGAAGAGGAGAAAGAGUGGGCAUAUAGUUAUAAUAAGCAGUGUUAUGGGAAUACAAGGCAUCUUAUUUAAUGAUGUUUAUGCUGCAUCUAAGUUUGCUGUGGAAGGAUUCUGCGAAAGUUUAGCUAUACAAGCACUCAAGUUCAAACUGCAGUUAAGUUUGAUUGAACCAGGGCCAGUCGUUACGGAGUUUGAAAGAAAAGUGUUUGAAGACGGAAUGAAAAUGGAUCUUUCAGCUGCAGAUGAAGAAACAGCUGAAAUGUUUACUAAUAUUUACCUUAAAAAUUACAAACAAAUUUUCCAGAGCCUAGGACAAAGUGCUGAAGAUGUUGCAGAGCACACAGUAAAGAUAAUUCUUGCAGAAAAUCCUCCUUUCCGCCAUCAGACCAACACCUUGUAUACUCCAAUGACAACUCUGAAGUAUGCAGAUCCAAAUGGAGAUCUACCCAUUGAUAUAUUCUACAAAAUGGUUUUUCAGCAUGACAAAAUCUUCAGUGCAAGUCUCAACUUCAUCAAAUUGCUACGGUGGAGAAGCAGAAAGAGCUUUGACCUGGGAAAGCCCUCACAAUAAUUAUGAGAUUAUACUGUGCAAAUUGGAAUUACUUCUUGUAGCUACUGAUGACACAGUAUGUUGUUAUUCAAAUGUCUUUGGUCUGCAGUUAUGAAAAGGCAUGCAAGAUGUUUGAGCUCAGCUAAGAUAUUAAUUUCAAUGUGUAUCUCUUGAAUGUUACAGUUUGCAGAACCUUGGAACUAAAAUUCUCUAACUAUA